ACCCUACCACCCGUGUAUUGUAAUAUAGCCAUAUGCUCGUGUACGGAUCUGAUACCUACGUCGGCAUGAGUAACAUCGGCGACUUUACCUAUAUAUAGCCAAUUUGGUUUCCAAAAUAUCAUCAUUCAAUCGAGCAACGCAGAACAGUCAACAUGAAAUUCACAUCAGCUUUAAUCGUUACUUUGGUUGCCGUAGCCCUCGCCAGGGCCGACAGCGCAGACAGCAAGACACACAAAUCAGAAAAACGCGGCAUCACCGCUGAACAUGAUUUCGACUCCGGUUUGGGCCACAGUUCUGGUCUGAGUUACGGUUCCGGUCUUGGAUUGGGCUCCAGUAUUGGCUUAUCGUCCGGAUUGGUUUCCGGUUACUCCGCACUCGGUGGAUCGGCCUAUGGAUCCUCUUACGCUCCGGCUUACGGUAUCGCCUCCGCACCCGCAUACAGUGGAGUCGCAGUUGCUUCUGCACCAGCAUACAGCAGUGGAGUCGCAGUUGCUUCUGCACCAGCAUACAGCAGUGGAGUCGCAGUCGCUUCUGCACCCGCAUACAGCGGAGCCGCUAUCGUCGCCGCCCCGGCUGCAUACUCUGCCGCCCCAGCACCGACUGUCGGCCCAUUGAUCCCAAUCUCCAAGGAUAUUCACAUCAUCAACCGUCAUGCCCAACAAGUUUCCGCCCCGUACCCAGUGCCCGUACAGAGGACCGUUGCCAUCCCAGUGCCACACCCCGUCCCUUACCCAGUAGAACGACCAUACCCAGUCAAGGUUGCCGCCCCAUACCCAGUACCAGUCGAGAGACCAGUUCCAUACCCAGUUGACAGACCAGUGCCACAUGCAGUGCCUGCUCCCUACCCAGUUCCAGUCGUCCAGAACGUACCAGUGCCAGUUUCCCGUCCAGUACCAGUCCCAGUCGUCAAGCGAGUUCCUGUGCCAGUUGCCACACCGGUCGUUGUCCAAGCACCUCAGCCAAUCGCUAUUGCUGCCCCAGCACCCGCAUACGGAGGAUACGGUCUAGGAGCUUCCGCCUACGACUCUAGCUACGGAUCUGCUGCUCUGUCUUCGUACGGAUCUGGUCUCUCCUCAUACGGAUCUUACGGACCAGCACUGUCCGCUUCUUCGUACGGUUCUUACGGACCAGCACUGUCCGCUUCCUCACACGGUUCAUACGCACCAGCAUUGUCUGCUUCAUCCUACGGAUCGUACGGAUCUUACGGAUCAGCUCUGCCAUCUUCGUCAUACGGAUCGUACGGAUCAGCUCUGCCAUCUUCGUCAUACGGAUCUUACGGAUCAGCUCUGCCAUCUUCUUCAUAUGGAUCUUACGGAUCAGGUUUAUCCUCCUCCUCGUACGGACACGACAGCCACUCAAAAUACGAAAGCGGUGGAUGGACUCCAAUCGCAAAACGUAACUCCAAUUAAUCUAGACACUAGUCUCCUGACAUCGCUCAACUCUCAAGUCAGAACGCGUUAAGUUACUCUAGACUAUUUUAUAAUUGAUUAUUAUUAUUUUUUUAUACUUAGAUUAUACUUUUUAUACUUGAAAAAAAUGUUAAUUGUACACUACAGUUCGAAUAAAAUGUUUUGUUAAAAAUAUA